GCAUUUCCGACGGUAACCUGUCAGCUAGCUGACGUCUCGCAUGAAAACAAGGCGUGAGCGAACGCUCGCAGUCGUAUUCCGGUCACUAACCUUCUCGAGGAUCGAUCUUCAGGGAGUGAAACGCUUUAAAUGUGUGUCUCCUCCGGGAUCUUCAGACCGCAAACAGGCAGCCCUGCGUCGCGAGCUUGUGUCGUCAUCAACGCGCGUUACAGAGCGGCGUGUGCGGAUCGCUGCAAGUCUUCACGAAUACAUUUGGAAUAAGAUGGUAAAAUGCCCUCUUGUUGGCUCUUUAGCAAGGACGAGGCUCACAGACCGAUUCAGCUGCCCCACCUUCAGCCGGUUGUCUUGGGUCGAGGUCCUGAAACGACUAUUAAAGACAAGAAAUGUUCACGACAACAAGUUGAAUUGAAAGCAGAGUGCAACAAAGGUUUUGUCAGAGUCAAACAGCUUGGCUUGAACCCAACAUCUAUUGACUCCGUGGUGGUGGGAAAAGGAAAUGAAGUCAAGAUGAAACCGGGGCAGCGGCUUCAUGUUGUCAAUCACCUUUAUCCAUACAUCAUAAAGUUUAAAGACGAGCCGGCCAGCACCAGUUCACCAGAGACCGUAUCGCAGAAGGAGCACCCCACUGUAGAGGACGUUAAAACACCACAGCCUGCAGAGAAGUCUGGUUCCACGAGCCCCCGAGGACCCUCAAAGACUAGUGACAAUGUUGGACACUGGAGUCUAGGAUUGAAAGCUUCAAUGCAGGACCCCAAGAUGCAGGUAUAUAAGGAUGAUAAAGUGGUCGUGAUCAAUGACAAAUACCCCAAAGCUCGCUACCACUGGCUGGUCCUUCCAUGGAUCUCCAUUCCAAAUUUGAAAGCCUUGCGUGCUGAACACAGUGAGCUGGUGAGACACAUGCAGGACGUUGCUGAGAAGAUGGUGCAGCAGUGUCCGCAUGCUGACUCACUGCGAUUCCGUAAGGGCUACCACGCCAUCCCCAGCAUGAGUCAUGUUCACCUUCACGUGAUCAGCCAGGACUUCGACUCUCCCUGCUUGAAGAACAAAAAACACUGGAACUCUUUCACGACAGAUUAUUUUAUUGAUUCUGAAGAGGUGCUUCUGAUGCUGGAAACCAGCGGGAUGGUGAAGGUGAACGACGGCGCCAGUGAGCUUCUGAAACUUCCUCUCCGCUGUCACAUGUGCAGCAAAGAGUUACCCACCAUCCCAGCUCUAAAACAACACCUCAAAUCCCACUUUCCCAGCUAGGAGUCACAUGCUUAACAAAGUAUAUAGGGAAUGUUUGCUCCGGCUUAGUUUCCAGAAAUAGUUUUGCUGAAAAACUGUGACUGGUUCCUUAACUCAAUCAACUCAUGUUUAUCCCUUUAAACUCUGAUUCCAUGAACUACCUUCUGUAUAUGUUCAUGCUGUUUGAUUAUACAUUUUUCAAGAAAUGUUCCUGAGUUCUUCUUUUUUCCUUUCCCUCUCACAGUCACUCGCUUAGACAAACGCUACCACAUAAUUUGCUUGCAUUUUCCACAGGUAAUGUGAGGUGAUGAAGGAGUCACUGACCAUGCAAUAUAUAUUUAUUUAUUCGUAUAAAAGAGCCACAUCAG